UUGAUGUCGGGAGUCCUCGCCUUGUCUUGGGCUCAAAUGAGCUGUUUGCUGUAGUAGGGAAACAUUAGUCCUCUACCAGCCAGCCGGGGGACGCCACAGUUCAACUUUUUUUGUUACAUGUGGUGGGGGUUUCUGCACUUUUGGAGGCGCCGCACACUGAGGAGAUUUAACCGUAAAAAGUCUUUCUUUUUCUUUAUUUCUACUUUUUUUUUUCUUCCCUUUUUGGUGACAUACACAAUUUUUUGAAAAGUGUGUUAAUAUCGCGGGGGGGGGAAGUCGACAUGCCUCAGCUCAGCAGCGGCGGAGGGGACGACCUGGGAGCGAAUGAUGAGAUGAUAGCGUUCAAAGACGAAGGAGAGCAAGAGGAGAAAAUCCAAGAAAAUGCGUUUACGGAGAGAGACCUGGCCGACCUCAAGUCCUCUCUGGUGAACGAGUCGGAAAUAAAUCAAAGUCCGAACGCAGCGGCGGUCAGACGGGGACAGCAAGGCGAGCACAGGGGCUUCCCAGAGAAACACCGGGAGCAUCUCGACGGUGUGUCGAAGCAGGAUGGAGGCAUGUACAAGACGCCGGCGUACCCGGGGUAUCCGUUCCUGAUGCUGCCCGACCCCUACCUCCCCAACAGCUCGGUUUCACCAUCUUCCAACAAAGUGUCGGUGGUGCAGCAGUCUCACGGGAUGCACCCGCUGACGUCCCUCCUGCCCUACAGCAACGAGCACUUCAGCCCCAGUCCUCCACACCUGCCCACAGAUAUGAGCCAGAAGACAGGCGUUCACAGGCAUCAGUCCCAGGACCUCUCAGGGUACUACUCCCUCCCUCCAGGCAGCGUCGGCCAGAUCACUCCAUCCAUGGGCUGGCAGAGCCAGCCAGUCUAUCCUUCCCUGUCCUCCUGUGGAUUCAGGCAGCCCUACUCCUCCAACCUCCCCAGCGCCUCCUCCUACUCCAGGUUCCCUCAUUCUCUGAUGCUGGGCCCCUCAGGCAUGCAUCCCACAGGGAUCCCCCACCCAGCAAUAGUGCCCCCUUCAGGCAAACAGGACCAUGACCAGUAUGACAGGGGCAUGUAUGUGAAGCCGCAGGUGGAAGCCAAGCGAGAGAAGGAGCCCAAGAAGCCGGUCAUCAAGAAACCCCUGAACGCCUUCAUGCUCUACAUGAAGGAGAUGAGGGCGAAGGUCAUCGCAGAGUGCACGUUAAAGGAGAGCGCCGCCAUCAACCAGAUUCUGGGACGGAGGUGGCACGCACUGACCCGAGAGGAACAGGCCAAGUACUACGAGUUGGCCCGGAAGGAGAGACAACUCCACAUGCAGCUCUACCCGACCUGGUCUGCCCGCGACAACUACGAGGCGGGCCUUAGCGGGGUCGCAGGGGAAAAGAGUAAAGCUGAUUGGGGCAAGAAGAAGAGAAGAAAAAGGGAGAAGCAGCAGGACUCCAACACAGACCCGGGCUCUCCUAAGAAAUGCCGGGCUCGCUUCGGCCUCAACCAACAAACGGACUGGUGCGGUCCCUGCAGAUAACUCUCUCUGACUGUCCCUAGGAGGAAAAAGAAGUGCAUUCGCUACCUUCAAGGAGGAGGCUGCCCCAGCCCAACUUCUUCAGAUUUAAGUGCUAUUGACUCUCCCCCAUCCCCUUCCCCAGCCCACCACCGUCUGUACCAGCACCAGCGCCCCCUCUCCCCGG